AUGUCCGACCCAGACCCGUUCUCUCAAUGCAUCGGCAAGUAUGAGGUCCACCCGGAAUCCUAUGAGUUCGUUCAGAGGGUGAUGAGCCUUGGCGCCAAGCCUUACUCAGAACUGAGCGUGGCGGAGGUUCGUCAGCAGUCGGCCCGAAUUGCUCCGGAACUUACCGGACCCACAGAGUUCUUGGGAAGUGAAACAGAGAUCAUCGUGCCGUCCCCUUUCUCUACAAAUGGCAUCCCCGUCACUGUCUACAAACCAGAACUGCUCUCAAAAGUCCCCGCCAUUUUUAUUUUCUUUCACGGCGGUGGGCUGGUGAUUGGAAGCCGAGAUUCUUACUCAACAGCAGUGCGGAAGUUGUGUAGUUCUUCUGGGGCCAUAUUUCUGAACGUCGAAUACCGGCUGCUGCCUGAUCCAGAAUCCCCGAUGGCUCCUUUCGAAGAUGCGUUGGUUGUAACACGAUGGCUGCUAGGCAACAAGGAGGUCGUAGGUGGUCACACACAGAGCAAAGUCGGGGUCGGAGGUGACAGCGCAGGAGGACACAUUUCCGCUUGCGUCACGAACGACAUCUGUGACCUUGACUUUCAAGUUCUCGUGUACCCGAUGACAGACAUCACUCGAAGCCAGCCUUCGUUUUCCGAGUUCACGACUACCCCUGGACUUACACUGGACGCCAUUAACUGGUUCGCCAGACACAGCAUCGAACACAUCCCCCGAGCUGCCGAGAACCCGAGUGUCAACCCAAUGGUGCAGAGGAAUGUGGUUCAAUCCCCUCCUGCCCUCUUCGUGUUGGCUGAGCUGGAUGCCCUACGUGACUGCGGCCUCGCCUACGCCGACAAGCUGAGGAAAGUGGGCGUGCCGGUUCAGUGCCAUGUGAUCAAAGGAGUGCCACAUGCCUUCUUUCAUUUGUGUGACGUUUUCAAAACAAAAACUGCUGAAGCUUACGCGCAUAUUGCAGACUUUGUCAAACAGUUCCACCAAUAG